UCACAUGAUUCGCGUCCAUGCGCUUGUGGCUGUACUGAAGGCUGGAAGAGUUUGGGAGGAGAUGCAGGGAACAUCGCAUAGGAGAGGAGAAUUCAUAAUGAUCACAUUUUAAGCCAUAGAAGACUCGUGUAAGAAGAGGUCAAUGGAAAGCGAAAUGGACUAAAUGCGUUUUGAAAUCAUGAACGCCGGAAAGGUGAAAUUAUGCGCGUCGCUUUUUAUGUGGCUUGGAAUAGUUACCUGGGUUGGAAAUGUGAAGUUGCAUCUUUGGUUCGUAUUUGUCCAGCAAUCCACUGAACGGGACGUUGUAUUUUCUGUUGCAAACGAGCAUGUUAAUAUUUCUAAAAGACACGCGCCGGUGAACGCAGGAUUGCGCGAUGGAAAAACUUUUAGUAUUCUGGAUAACGCGAUCGAGCAGCGGGUCUUCUGGAGCGCGUGGCUGGACGGUCUCUCCACUCGUGUUUUUGACGUGGAUCACGAGAGGAAGUGGAGAGAGCAGGUUCGGGACGCCCGGGUGGUUGUGCUGGAAGCGGGCUGCGGCAGACCCACAAACCGUCUAGCGACCUUCGCCGACGGCACGAGAGCAUGCGUGCGAUACGGGAUCGACGCGGAUCAAGUGCUGGGAGAAACGCUCUCGUAUUAUCUAGCGGAACUGCUUGGGAUUUCCAACCUUCCGCCCUUGGCGCUUUCCAAACUGAACCUGUCCAAUGAGCAGUGGGCAAGUGUUCGAGGAAAAAUCGAGGCGUUAGAGUGGUCGCCAAAUGCCAUUGUGUCUCUCACUGAGUUCAUCCCAAAUGUCACUGGAGUGUUUAUUCCACUGCAUUUGCGGAAACAGCAAGGAGGAGGUGUGCAACUCUCUGCUGAGAAUAUAUCUAACAUGACUCUAACGUAUCUGGUUGAGUUAAUGCAGUGGAGUGAUCUAAUCAUAUUCGAUUAUUUAACAGCCAACUUUGAUCGAAUUGUCAGUCACAUUUUCAGUCUCCAGUGGGACGCGCGCGUGAUGGAAAGGACCACUAAUAACCUUCUCAAAACAAUCAACGGACAUUUGCUUUUUAUUGAUAACGAGGCAGGGCUUGUUCACGGAUACAGAGUGCUUGACUUGUGGGAACGAUAUCACAGGCUACUGCUGGGUUCGUCGUGUAUUUUCCGCAGAAGUACAGUCCGGCGUAUUUCCGAGUUGAAGCGCUCCGGGAACAGUGCAAAGAUGCUGUAUGAACUGUACCGCGCGAGGGAACCGUUGGCGCGCGAACUGGGCUCUCUGUCUGAAGAGCACGCGCUUACGUUGCAGAACAGGAUUGAUGUGGUUUACAAACACAUUAAACAGUGCGCAGAAAUCAUGUAGACAUUUGCGAGCUCAGGUGUUUCUAUUUGUAGGUGCUAUAAAAACGUUGCUGUCUGUACUGUUAUCGUGUCAUUCCAAUGUGAACUUAUAAUGCUAAGUAGAAUUAAUGAAUAACGUGGCAGAAUAGGGAUAUUAACAAAAGGCUGCUAUUGUUUAGUCUAUGGGUUCAAACAUUCCCCCUCUCCUGCUAAAAAAAAAAAAAAAAAAGAUCAUAAACCAUUUUAAGAUGUUUUGUUUUCAUGAGGGUCUAAAAUAAUUAAUCAAUAAUAAAGAGUCAAUGGAUCUUACAGUCUAAUACACUGUCUCAUAUUUACGUGUAUCCUAAACUUUGGAUAUUUUAUAUAUUUUAUUAUAUUUAUUUAUUCAUCCCUAAACUGUUUAAAUGAAUGUCAAGUGUCGAGUGCUGUUGUUACACCUACCACACCCAGGUGAGUUGUAACACAGAAAAUGUAGUAAAUUUAAAAUCUGUCUGUUCAUUUAUUUUCAUUUUUCAUAAAAAUCAAUCUACAUUUUGUGCAAUAUGUAGGUCCAAUAGAAUUAAAUUUCAAAUAAGUGUUACAAUCCUUUCCAUCUGUUCAGCCAUGAUGCUUCUCCUUUCUAUAACAUGUAGAUGAGAUCUUCUUGGCAUUGGUUGAAUGUGAAUAGGCUUGACAGAAUGAUGUAUGACUGUUCAAUGCAGCUUUGUUAUGAAUGCUAAGACAGCAAUGCGUUUCUGUACUAUGCCAUCAUCUUUAGCAGUAAUAUUGAUAUCCAUGAUUGAUAUACUCUACAAAACCCUUCCUGAAACACAAUUACAUACAUAAUUUUCGUAGCUCAGAAUUAUGCUUUAUUACUGUAUUUGCCCACAUUUUUAUUGGUGUGGUGUCGGCAAAAAUAAAUAAAUAAAUCAACUAACUUGUUUGCAAAAAUUU